UUUCUAUAACACAUCACCCGAAUGUUAUCCAAUUAACAACACAUCACCAGAGUGUUAUCCAAACAACGAUUCCUAUGGAUUUGAUGGAUUAGGAAAUUUGAAUGACAACGUUCCUCAAGAACACAUGAAUAACGCAGUGCUAAUUGAUGAAUGUUUAAAAGAAGAAUCCAAAAUCUUUCAUCGCUUAAAUCGUAUAGCUCUAUUAGAGCGCCAAAAUAUAACAUCGUCGAUGUUAAACGGUAAAAAUGGUCAUCUUAAGAAUCUUCUUAUGACUUUAAAAUUACAAUCCUCCAAGCUGGAAGAGGAACCUAUCGAUCUAGAAUCAUUCCCAAUGGACCAGUUAUUUG